AUAGAGACAUCCGGUUCCGCCCCGAAUCACUGUGAGGGAGGGACGCACAGCAUCAGUCGCUCCUCCCUGUGCCUUUGCCUGGGAGCAAACCGGACCCAGAGAUCGAAGAGAGUGUCUAGCCUUUGACAUUGUUUACCAAAGAAAUGGUGAUGGAGAAGCCAAGUCCGCUGCUUGUAGGGCAGGAGUUUGUGAGGCAGUACUAUACCCUGCUAAAUAAAGCACCAGAUUUCUUACACAGGUUUUAUGGCAGGAAUUCUUCAUAUGUCCAUGGUGGAUUAGAUGCCAGUGGCAAGCCCCAGGAAGCAGUGUAUGGCCAAGCUGACAUUCACAAAAAGGUGAUGUCCCUGCAGUUCAGUGAGUGCCGCACUAAGAUUCGCCAUGUUGAUGCCCACGCGACCCUGAACGAUGGAGUAGUUGUACAAGUCAUGGGGGAGUUGACAAACAACGGACAACCAAUGAGGAAGUUCAUGCAGACUUUUGUGCUGGCUCCAGAAGGGUCUGUUCCAAAUAAGUUUUACGUCCACAAUGAUAUAUUUCGCUAUGAAGAUGAAGUAUUUGGUGAUUCUGAAGCUGAACUUGAUGAAGAGUCAGAUGAUGAGGUAGAAGAGGAGAAUGAAGAAAGGCAGCCAUCACCUGAACCUGUGCAAGAAAAUACAAGCAGUGCUUACUAUGAUAGUCAUCCUGUAACUAAUGGAAUAGAAGAAACAUUGGAAGAGUCUUCUCAUGAACCUGAACCAGAGUUAGAAUCUGAAUCAAAAACUGAAGAACUGAAAACUGAAGUGGAAGAAAAAAACCUUGAAGAAUUAGAAGAAAAAUCUCCAUCCCCACCUCCUGUAGAAACUGUUUCUCUACCACAGGAACCACCAAAGGCUUUCUCCUGGGCUUCAGUGACCAGUAAAAACCUGCCUCCUAGUGGUACUGUUUCUUCCUCUGGAAUUCCAGCUCAUGUUAAAGCACCAGUCUCACAGCAAAGAGUAGAAACAAAACCCGAAAACCAGUCCCAACCACCUCGUGUGCGUGAACAGCGUCCAAGGGAGCGGCCAGGUUUUCCAUCCAGGGGACCCAGGCCAGGCCGAGGGGAUAUGGAUCAAAAUGAAUCAGAUAGUCGUCGAAUAAUUCGAUAUCCCGAUAGCCACCAGCUCUUUGUCGGCAAUCUGCCACAUGACAUUGAUGAAAAUGAACUGAAGGAGUUCUUCAUGAGUUUUGGGAAUGUUGUGGAGCUUCGCAUCAAUACAAAAGGUGUUGGAGGAAAACUUCCAAACUUUGGGUUUGUGGUGUUUGAUGACUCUGAGCCAGUUCAGAAAAUUUUAUUGGCCAAACCUAUAAUGUUCCGUGGUGAGGUGCGCUUGAACGUAGAAGAAAAAAAGACCCGAGCUGCUCGUGAAAGAGAAACUCGAGGUGGCGGUGACGAUCGCAGGGAUAUUCGACGCAGUGACAGAGGUCCUGGGGGUCCACGUGGCAUAGUGGGUGGUGGAAUGAUGCGAGACCGUGAAGGCAGAGGACCACCUCUGAGAGGGGGCAUGGCCCAGAAGCUUGGCUCUGGAAGAGGAACAGGGCAGAUGGAAGGCCGGUUCACAGGUCAACGUCGUUGAAGAUUCAGUGUUGGCAGGCAGUCUUGGCAGUGAUACAUUAUUCGUCAUGUUUGCAUUCUUGUUAAUUUUCUGGCUUUGGAAUGUAACACAGCCUUUUUUUAAUCAUUUCUUUGAUGUGAGAAACAUCUUUUUGUUACCAGUUAAAUUGAGGUGGACAUUCUUUCCCUAAUUUCACAAAGAAGUCAUACUGUUAAUUUAUAAAUUAGACUUGGAAAUUAAGGACUGAGAAAUGACCAUUUAAACUUUCUGCAGCAACAACAACAAAGGACAAAGGGUAUGCCUAAUUGAGUUAAGGUUCUUCCAGUGUGUUAAAAUCCUUCUGCUGCACGUUUUGUGUAAGUGUUACUGCUGGAAAUGCAAAUAGUGCAAUCUUUGCAAUUGGAAAAGCUUGCCCUUUUCUUUUUUCCUUUCAAAACACUUGACUCCAAACUACUCAUGUUUUAUGAACUUCAAAUGCACUAAUGGGUACCUGGCUCAUUUUACGUUGACAUCUGCUGAAAGCAGCAAGGAAAAAUAAUAGCUUGUGAAACGAUGCGGGCAUCUGCUCUGCUUGCUGUGACCAAUAUAUGUACACAUAAACCUUAACAAGACUACAGAUAUAUGUUCCAGAAGGAAACCAUUUAGCUGUAAACACAAAUGUAAAACUUCAAAAAUCAUAGUCCUGAAUAGAAAACAAGUGUUUUUCUUUUUUAAAAAAUCUUACGAGCUUCCUGCCUCUCUAGACAGGGAUGGCUGAUUGCUCAACACACUCCUCUUACCUUUUCCCUUUCUGUAAGCAGUGUACAGUGAAAAAUUGUCUUUACUGUAUUGAGGUCUCUGGUAAUGUAAUAAGCAUGAUGGUGCCUUCUAUUAAAUACAUCAUUCCAGUC